GUAGUGGCGCUGCUAGUAGCUGCCGCUAAUAGCAAGUGAAACAUUUCUGUUGUCGUGACGAGGUUAUGUUUUAUGUGAAAGCAUAGUUUGAGUGAUUUAAUAUAAAAUGGAAAAAAGAAAAGAACAUCUAAGUGCCAUGAAAGUGUGCAGAUUUUGUUUAGCUAAAAAUUCUUCGCUUGGGAGUCUAUAUCGCAGGCAUCCACCAUCUAAGAAAACUGUUGAUCUUCCUUUAAAAAUCCUAUCAUGCGUCUCUAUCGAGGUUUUCCCUUCAGAUAGAAUGCCAAGAUAUAUUUGUAACCAGUGCAAAGUAUUCAUGAACCUUUUUUACACUUACAAACAAAUGGUGCGCCAAGCUGAUGAGAGAAUUCUGAAGUACACACAGAAUGGAAUGCCAUUGGAGUCUGUUCCUUGGCCAACAUCACUUAUCAAAGCCUACCAAAGUUCCACUGAGCAAGAAAUAAAAACUGUGUUGGAAGGUGGUGCUACAGUUCAAAUCAGCACACACAAUAUAUCUGAGAGUGAUGAAGAAGAGGAGGAUGAAAAUGUUUUUAAUGUAAUGGUUGGUGGUGAUGGUUCUGAUGAUGAAUCUAAAGAAGAUACAGCCUGCAUAAAACUUAUCACCGAUAAAAAUAAUGAAGAUAGCCCAAAAAAUGUCAUGAAACGAAAUACUAAAGGAUUUACAAGACCCUUGGAGGAAGAAAAUAAACUGUAUUCAUGCAAACAUUGCUCCAAGAGUUUUACAAAGUCCCAACAUUACACAAGACAUCUUCGUGUAAAGCACCGCGAGAACAUCCGUUCGUCACGAGGGCCAUUCGGCGCCACGGAGCAGUUCAGAUGUGAGCAGUGCGAGGACACAUUCAGCUCGCAGGACGACCUCAUCUACCACUCGGCGAUACACGCCACGCAGAACCUCAUCUGCCCCCUCUGCCAGGAGAAGUUCCACAACGUAGACGCAGUUACCGCACAUAUCAAGUCGCACGUCAAUGGUGUUGAAUUUAUGUGCGACUUCUGCGAGUUGGUAUUUACUACAAAAGAAAAGUUGGAGUGUCACCUGGUGACGGCACAUGAGGAUGAAUUCAAUAACGAGUUAGGACAGGACGAGUCUUCAAUGGAAAUGGACCCAGAAGAAGAGGAUGAUGAUAACAGUAUCAAUGUUAAAGAUGAAGGGGACCAUAUGCUUAUAGAAAUUAAGAAACCCAGUGAAUACAUGCUGCACAACACUACUGCUGAUUCCGAGGAGAAGGGGGAAAACAGUAUUUCAGAGGAAAGCGAAUCCGAGGUAACAUAUACAGAGUUGUCAACAGUGGAUACUUUAGCUAUUAUAAAGAAGGAUUUGAUGCCUAAAGUGUGCGAGAAGCAACCUGCUAGUGUCACCAUCACGAGGGAAUCUAGUAGCGAGCCCGCCUCGCGCUCUGAACACACGCACAAUACACAAGUUGCAUCUGUUGUAAGAAAAAAUUCAGAAAAAGGAAAAGAAGUUCAACCACAAGUUGCAGAUACAGAAAAAAAAGACAAGCCACCGAAAGUUGACAAUGUCAAAGUGAGUGCAACUAACAAAUCCUUGCAGUUAUUGGAAAAGGAAUUGCAAGAAUUGAAACGGACAAAUAAUACAAGAAAUGAAACCAAACCAGCAAUGAAACUAUUAGACUCAACUCGCGGCAAACGCCCCGUAAUUCACACAUCAACACCUAAAUUCAGGCCGUCAGAAGAUAGACGAGUAUCGGCGAUUAUAAAAAUGCCUUCAACAGAGAAGAAAGUACCGGAACGUAGACUCAUCACCAAAGAGAACAAGGAACCCAAAGAGAAGGAGGCGAAGGAAGUUAAAGAAGUCAAGGUCGUUAAUACCAGCGUUAAAGAAGAGACAGACACUAUAGCUACGCCAAAGAGUGUUAUCAAAAAUGGAAACAAUGAAAAAGCCCAGACGGAAGAUGGAGUGGUACGACGAUCAACCAGACCGUCUAAAAUCAAGGACUAUGCUAAAAUGAUACGUGACAGGUCACUUGAUGACGAUGAAGAUGAUACUGAGGACUCUGAUAUUGAAGAGGAGUACAGAGAGAAGACUCCUGAGAGGACGCCAAAACGCAAAACUGUUGUGAAAGGUCCGGCCAAAAUGAUACAAACGACCUUAACGACGACCCCGCAAGGCAAAGUGGUGCAGACGACCGUACAGGCCGGCUCCGCUGCGACCCCCACCGUGGUCGCGACCAUGCCCAGGAAACGCGGACGACCACGCAAGGACGCACAAAAGGAAAUACCAGCAAAAGUGAAAAAGGAUACGACUGAGGAAAACAACACAGCGAAAGCGGUACCAGAUGAACCUGCCGCGAAAGAUACAACAGCUGCAGACGAAAAAGCCAGCACAGAAACUAAAAGCAAUAAUGUAAAGGAAAAUACCAAUAAUGAAACAAAGCCACAAACGACAACCGAGCAACCUCAAAUUCCUGCUAAUUUAUUAGUAUACCCAAUGGGACAGACAUUGAAAAAGGUGCCGGUGAAAUCCUUGCCGCCGGGUGUAAAGCCAAUCCCGCUACCCGCAAACGCUAGACCAUUGGCGGCAAGGGAACUAUGCGAAAUGCAAAUUGGCAAAAAAAUGGUGAAAGUACAGAAAAUUGUGAUGACCAAAGCUGAAGUGGAGGCGAUGGCGAAGAAAGGACUCGUGGAAAUGAAGGACGGCACAAUGGUUCUGAAGCAAGGCAUAAAACUGCCUACAGCCUCCGACCCUGCUGUCAUCAAAUCUACACUAGUUGGUGAGAGAGAUGCCAUAAAAGAAUCUCCUGCGAAAAAAGAAAAGUCGACGCCGAGCAGAUGCGAUCUGAGCGACGAAGCUUAAAACAAUACAUUUAUGUAUUACAUUAUAUACAAAUAUAUAUCCUCAUAGAGAAAAUAUUGCAUGUAAUUAUUGAUAUAUCUAUGAGAUAGUCGUAA